GUUCAUUAAUUCCUCAAAAACGUAAUUAAAGAAGUCAUUGAUUCAUUCAUCCAAUGAAACGUCCGGUUCCUCCAUUGUCCACCGUUCGUGCAGACCCACCGUCAUCGCCACGUUACCCACCACCAGUCAGCACGCCAACCGCCAACGCCCAACGUCGUAUUGCCAUUGCCGUAGACCUCAGUGAUGAGAGCGCCUUCGCCGUUCAAUGGACUGUUCAAAACUACCUCCGUCCAGGUGACGCCGUCAUCCUCCUCCAUAUCCAACUCACCUCCGUCCUCUACGGCGCUGACUGGGGCCAUGCAAUGGAUGCCGAAAACGCAUCCAAAGAAACACGGCAGAAACUGGAAGACGAUUUUGAUAACUUCACCACCGCAAAAGCCAACGUUCUCUCGCAACCAUUGGUGGAAGCAAACAUCCCGUUCAAGAUUCAUAUCGUGAAGGAUCAUGAUUUGAAAGAGAGGCUAUGUUUGGAGGUGGAGAGGCUUGGAUUUAGCGUCAUGAUAAUGGGGAGUCGAGGGUUUGGAGCUUCAAAGCGGAAGGCCAAAGGGAGGCUUGGAAGUGUUAGUGAUUAUUGUGUACGUCAUUGUGUCUGUCCGGUGGUGGUUGUUAGAUAUUCCGAUGAAGACGGUGGCGAUGAUGCUAGCGGAAAGAAAGUCGGGACAGAUGAGGUGGCGAAACAACGUGGGUCGGAAGAGGUGUUCCACGAUGCUAAGGAUCAUGUUUCCAAAGGCACCUAAUCAUGAUGCCUUUACAAAUCCAUCUUGGAGGAGAAUAUUGGUUACAAUAAUUUUAUCAUAUAAUUUGUUGAUUAAUUUGACAAAAUGAAACACAUCAUUUAUCUUGCAAAAGUGUACAUACUUUCUAUGUAUUUGUUUUCGAUAAGGAAAAAUGAUAUAUAAUGCAUGUGAUAUAAACAAAAUUACACGAUUCAAAUUAUAGUAAACGAUAUUUUCUAGCAUUGCUAAAAUAGUAAGUGUACACAAUUGGAGGUGGCAUAUAUGGUUGACAAAUGACAAGCGGCUGUAAUUUCUCAUGCAGCAACCAGCUGGGAAGAGCUCUUAGUGAUGGUUUUGAAUAUGUUUCUCCUGUUUAGAUAGCUGUUGCAUUUCUCCUUAAAGUUCUUUUUGUGAUUUUAGUGAUGCUAUUAAUUAGGGAUUCCUUUAUGCUACCUUAAUAUAGCAUUCGAAAACAUAUAUAUUUUGUGGUUCAACAUUUGAAUAAGUAAUAAAUAUACAUGAUUGGUA